AUGUCAGCAGCCAACGCCCAAACUCAGGGAGAGCCCGGGACUGGCACAGUCUCUUCGGACCAUGAAGACGCCGUGAUCAUAGGUCGCGAUGAUGUGAGUGAUUUCAAUGAGGAGAACAUCCUUCCUCAACCCGCCCAUGUCCAAGAGGCCAUCCGAAGCUGGCUCAAACCCACCUCUUACGACGCCGGAAAUGGAGAAUUCAAGAAACAUCUGUCUUCCUACCUGCCAGGCACCGGAGAGUGGCUGUUGCAGUCGCCCACAUUCCGUGAGUGGCACCAAAGCCAGGACCAAGGAAUGCUCUGGAUCAAGGGGAUCCCGGGCUCUGGCAAGUCUGUGAUCGCGAGUUCUCUCGUGAACCAUUUGUCCAAAGAGGGCGCACCGGUGCUCUACUUCUUCUUCCGCCAAAUCAUCGGCGCCAACCACAAACCUGACGCCUUGCUCCGCGACUGGCUCGCGCAGUUGCUCAGCUACAGCCCUCCACUGCAGGCCCGGCUCAAGGAAUGUGUCGACAACCGCCAGUCGCUGAGCGGCGUGUCCAUGGCCACUAUGUGGCAGGAUAUCAAAAGCGCAGUGACCUAUAUUCCCAAGGUGUAUUGUGUCGUCGAUGCGCUGGACGAGAUGGACAGCAACCAGGAUGCCUUCUUGCAGGCCCUGGCUGAGCUUGGAAGAUGGCGCCCGUCCCGCCUCAAAAUAAUCAUCACCAGCCGCCCUGUCCCCAAGGUAGAGCGGCCACUGCGGCAGGAGCCAAUCUUGCAUAUCAGACUUGAUGAGAAGCAUGUCGAUGAGGAUAUCGCCAACUACGUCGCACAUCAUCUGGAUAAGACGCCAAAAGUUCUCACCCCAGAACAAAAAGAGAUCAUCAAGCGCGCAGUUCCAGGACGCGCCAAUGGUCUGUUUCUGUAUGCCAAAUUGGCCAUGGACGCCUUUUUGGAAGAAAAUGCCGACGUCGAAGAGGUGCUGAAAACACUGCCGCUAGAUUUGAACGUCAUGUACACGGACUUGCUUCGCGAACAUGCGCGGCGAUCUGGCGUUCCUCACGACCUACAGCUUCUCAUCUUGUCGUUUGUCACACACGCUUCGCGUCCGCUGCGACUCCUUGAGAUUGCCGAGAUGAUUAGAGUCACCGAAGAGGCACAGGCCAAGGCGAUUGGUAGCCUAGAAGCUCUCAAGGACCUUGUCAGAGCGGCCUGCGGCCCUUUGCUGGAGAUUCUCCCCGAUGAGACCGUCUGCGUCAUUCAUCACUCCUUCACUGAAUUCUUGAAUGGUUCUACGCGCAGCGCCGAGUCUGAUGGCGAUGCUUAUCCCAUCUUGGAGACGAAUUCUACACACAAUCGGCUAUCGCUAUGUUGCCUGUCGUAUCUCCUCUCCGGCUGCUUGCAGAAAGUCAAGCUGCCCGAUGAUGAUGACUACGAAUCGGAUAGUGAAUGGGGUGAUCACUAUUAUGUGAUGCCUGCUGUCAACCAAGAGCUCCGCUUGACUUAUCCAUUCCUCGCAUACAGUAUGCAUAACUGGCAUGUUCAUGGAAGGAAGUCCAACGACAGUGGCCCCUUCUCGGAUGAGCUUUAUGACACCACCUACAAACUCCUGUCCGAGGAAAACUAUACACCUCUUUCGGUGCUGGUUGACAAUGGCGGUAGCAAGAGGGAACCACUGCACACCGCUGCCUUGCUGGGAUUGAGCCAGUACCUGACCAAGUUUGUUCAGGGGAAUAACAUUGAUGUGAAUUCACUUGACAAAGGGGGCGAAACUGCCAUCUUCUACGCCGCUAACGCAGGGCGUGCGAGUGUUGUCAAAGCGCUGCUCGGCUUUGGCGCAAAGCCAGAUGAGCCGUCCAACUAUGAUGGCAAAAGGCCUCUUCACAAAGCCGCCGAGAGAGACCACGGGGAAGUUGUGACCUUGCUUUUGGAAGCGGGCGUGGACCCCUUGACAAAGAAGACGAAGUGUGAUCCGGGCCUCAUGUGCGGCGACCCGUACAAAUUCAUCGGACACACCCCGUUGAUGUAUGCCAUGAGCUCUGGGAGUACCUCGGCAGCCAGGGCGUUCCUCCCCUUCCUGAACACUGUAGAUAUGGCUAGCAGGGCGUUGGGCUGGGCGGUGGGAAGUAGGAGCGAGCACUCGCGGGGUUGUCCUGGGAUUCUUGAUGAGCUGCUCCAACACCCGCUCGUUGAUGUUAACCGCCUAGUUCGUGGGGAAACACCACUCUAUAUUGCAUCCCGAAACCCCAAUACCAAGCUUGUCAUUACCCUGCUGGAAGCUGGGGCAGACCCGAGUAUCUUGUCCUCCUCACAGGGGGAGGAGUUUUGUCGGGAGCGCAAUCGCCAGCGAAUGGCGGAGAAGCGCAAGGAUAAGAACCAGACCGCUUUGCACGGCAUCUGCGGCGCAGCACGCCGUUACAUCAUGAGCUCUAAAGACAAAGAUGAUGAGCCGGAGCUCUUGCAAGAGUGUGUAUCUCUGAUGCUCAAAGCCGGAGUCGACAUCGAUGCCAAGGAUGCAAAGGGUUGCACCGCUUUGCACUAUGCUGUUCGUUGGUGGCCGACUCUUGUCCGGGCCCUGAUCAGUGCUGGGGCGGAUUCCAACAUUAUGCGCAGUGAUGGAAGUGCUCCUCUACAUGCGUGUCAGUCUAUCGAGAGUUUCCGGAUAUUGGUCGAGGAGGGGAAAGCAGACAUCAACCAUCAGAGGGAGUCGGAUGGCAAAACUCCCAUAUUGAUGAUGACUGACAUGUACAACAAGCCCAAAGGCUUCUUUCCAGAUCUGAUCCGUCUACAUGUUGAUUUAGGGGCAGACCUAACACUAACCGCGCAUGAUGGGCAUGGAGUUUUACAUGACUGGAUAUCUCGGGCACCGGAUCUGAGCGUUGAAUAUGAAAUUGAAGCCCUGGAAAUGCUACUGUCAUCAGGAAUUCAGCUCAACAGUACGGACAAGCAGGGAAAGACCGUGAUGCAUUCCCUGAAAGGUCUAGGGAAUGGUCUAGAUCUGACAUUGAAACUGGUUGCUGCGGGAGCAGACCUGAACAUCAGAGAUAAACAAGGGCGUACUCCCAUGUACUACUUUGUUCAGGAUGCCCAUAGGAAUCUGAACAAGGAAAAGUUUGUCGCGGCACUCAAAAAGCUGAUCUCUAUUGGGACGGAGCUUGACGUUGUUGACUACCGGGGUGGCAAUCUUCUAUUCGCCUUCAUGAAUGUCGGCCAAUUUGGGCGAGACACGAUGACGGUUAUCCAGGAGCUAGUCGACCGAGGACUCGAUCCAAGAGCCAUAGACUACCAAGGAAACACACUCUUCCACGAAAUGGUAGGACAGACGACCAGGGAUUUUGACAGCCGUUACCUGGAAGCGCCCCUAACACUGGGUGUUGACCCUGACCAGCAGAACUUUGCAGGUCAAUCCGCACUGCAUUCUAUGGUUGCCCCAAGGAACCAUGAACCUGUCCAAGGCCUGAAGCAUUUCAAGCACUUUGAUGUGCAAGACAUGAACGGCAUACGCCCUCUUCAUGUGGCAAUUCGGUCCUCCGAGGAUCUUGUACACGAACUUCUCUCAAAGGGGGCCAGCCCGACCGAGCCUACCGAGGAGGGAGUGACUCCCCUGCAUGUCGCAGCCCGUUUCAGGAAGCCAGACAUUGUUGGCCUACUUCUGGAAGCCAUCGAGGCCAAGCUGGGGAAGCAAGGCUUAGCCGACCAUCUGAACACCUUCCAUAGCCAACGCACACCCACAGCUCUUCACUUGGCCUGCCGCUCUGGUGUCCCCGAGGCGGUUUCUCUUCUGCUUGCGGUAGGGGCGGAUCCAAAUGCAAAGACCAGCCAGGUCGGAACGCCACUGGAGUGGUGUAUUCAAUACGAGUCGGAGAAAGCUCUGUGGAAGUCUGACGAGGAUCCGUAUUCCUCGCCAAGUGACUCUUCGCAGGAUCGCUCUGGAUUUGGCCCCCCACGCGGAAUCAGCAUUGAUGAUCAUACACGCAAUAAAUUAACCAAAGACGACCAAUGCCCAACUCAGUUGGAGAAGAUCUUAUCCUUGCUGCUUGCCCAUGGAGCUGAUAUGACGUCCCGAACAGACAAAGGGUUAACAAAACUGGACCAGGCAAUUAUCAAAUGUGACAGCUCCCACGACUACACAAUUGAUUGCCUGGUGCGUCUACGUCAGUCCAUCUCACAUGACAAUACUGAUGAUACACUCGCCACUGCCGCUAAAACGGUAGCGAAGACGAAAGACAUCAAGACAUACGUCCACUCGUUGAUUGAUAAUCCAGAAGGGUUCUCAUUGGAUGUUGUCAAUAAGAUUGUUACGAGCGUUUCAAGACGUUUAGCUGCCCAUGAAGCCUUUCUCCAGGUCGCACCAUGGAAAAAAUUCCAGACAUCUGAAUUGGAUGUCAAGCUGUUCGUUGCAUUCCUUAGGAAUUUGAUGGAACAACAUGAUUGGGACUCUGUAAAGCAUGUCUUGCGCCAAGAACCACGUCUUUUAGAUACAGAGUCUGGAGUAGGUAUCCUAUCUAAGCUUGUCAAGUUGGGCAUUGAAACCAUCGUUGGCGCAGCUGUCACGCGGGAGGAGAUUCUCCAACUACAAAGUGACAGAGACGAGGCGAUUCGGCAAUCUAAGCAGAAGGGCAAACCACUACUAACUGGUCGUCAAAAAUCAUUUUAUCCGCUUUUUUCCGCCUGCGAAUCUCCAGCAGGGAAUAUGACGAUGGUUCGAUAUCUCGUUGAGGAACUCGGCGUGGAUGUCAACGAUGGAUUCUACAGUUGGCCCAGCUACCGCCAAAACGUAGUCGAGUACGAGAGGGUCAACGAUGCCGUCAAUAAAUGCUGCAGCGGAGACCAUUGGUGGCAAGUUGCAGAGGCCCUGCCGUAUCUUCUCAAGCAGGGUCCCAACCUUGAGGCGCGCGAUGUCUGUGGCCGGACUACCCUCCUCUGGGCUCUCGGCUGCUCAUCGAACUACAAGCUCCGGAUUAUAAAGACACUCAUAGAAGCUGGAGCCGACGUCAACGCAGUUGAUAACAGCGGCCGCAAUUGUCUCUCCACCGCAGGCAACGACAUCGAUCUGACGCUACUGCUCCUUAAGCACGGGGCAGCCGGUUCUACUGAAGCCCUCACCAGCUCAAUACGAAGCUGCAACAUCCCCGUUCUCCAGGCGCUUCUGGAUGCAGGUGCCAACCCUAACCAGUUCCAAGCACCGCCAGAGGGAUUGCCUUCCAUCAGCGCCGGGUGGAUAUCAGCCACGCAAUCUGAACUUCCCCCGGUGUUCUUUGCCGCGAUGCACCGUCAGAUUGUCGGGUAUGGGAGCACAAAGAGCAACCCUGCGCGUGAGUCCAUGGUCAAGGUUUUACUCGACCAUGGCGCAGACCCUUUCACUACAUUUGUCAAGCGUAGCGAGCCCCAGGAUGACGACUUCAUGACCGAAGUCACCGUCCUCCAUCAACUCCUGCGAGAAGGUGGUGCAAGCCGCUUGUUCUUGGACAUGCCCGAUCUUGAUCUUGAGUACCGGAAUCAGGAAGGUAUGACGUUGCUUCUCGCGGCGUGUAGCAGCAGAACCGACCCAGAUGUCCCUAUCGAGGAUGUGUAUGGAGGUUACCGAAGAAACAUUACCCAGGUGGUAGUCAACGACAAUCCAGAGGCCGGAGGUCUUACGAUUAUUGAGAAAUUGCUGGAACGGGGAGCAUCCAUCACGGCACGGGAUAACCGACAGAGGAACGCCCUUCAUCUGAUUCUCAGUGUGCCUUCUUUUGCGGGCUAUAAAUCUCUGCGCCUUGUUCUCUCAAAGGCACCGGAGCUACUGCAUCAAAGUGAUAUUGACGGACUGACUCCGUUCCAUUAUGCGCUUCGGCGGACACCGCCGGGCCAAUUAUUCGGGCAGUUUGGGGUUGACACAAAAGCCAUUGAGAUUCUCCUUGAAGCUGGGGCUGAUCCGAAACUACCAGAUCCAAAUGGUGACUCGGCACUUCAUCAUGUUGGAAAGUUCCUUGCCUGCGACGGCCGCAUUGAAGGCCAAGUUGACAAGCCACGGGAAUUGUUCAAGCAUCUUGUUUCUCGAGGUGUGCCAAUCAACUGCCGCAACAACAAGGGUGAGACGCCAGCGUUUUCAGUCCUCAUCUUUCCUCCGGACAAUAGGUUACACGGUGUAUCGGUUCCUGAAGGAGAGCUCAAGGCACAGGAGACACUCAUCGAGAUGAAGGCCGACUUGCUUGCUGUGAACAACGCUAGAGAGACCUUGCUCCAUGUGGUGGCCAGAACAGACCCGCAAACAAAACGAAACCAAAAAAUGGUGACCCCAGUCAUAGAGUGCCGUUUCCGAUGGCUGCUCGAUCAGGGCCUUGACCCAACGGCUGAGGACGAAAAGAGUCGGACUUGCUUGGACGUUGCUGCGGCGAAAGAAAAUACUAAGAUCCUCGACAUGUUUAAGCGGCCGGGGGAGUGA